AGAUAAUAUUCGGAUAUCAUCCGAUUCCUAGUUUCCUAGAGGUGGAGAGAGAGAGAGAGAGAGACAGAGAGACAGAGAGAGACAGAGAUUCAUCAUCAUAAAGUCCUUCCUUCAUAUCAUAAUGGAAGUGUAGAAUUGAAGGGCAAUCGUCCAAAACAACCAAUGAGUCGAGUUUGAGAGAGAAGAAGAAGAGAGAAUCCUCCUCGGUGUCAGGCUAUAGGGUUUGUUGCAGACGAGAGAGGUGGAGACGGGGGAGGAUUCCUUACAUUUUUCACCACUUGGGUUUUUCACUGAGAGCUGAGAACGAUUGCGUUACUGAUUUAACAAUGUCAAUCUGAUAGAGACGCUACUGCUCCAAGAAUCUGAACAUCUUCCCAACUCCAAUUUCUUUAUUCCAUCUCUCUAUUUUUCUCCAGAUGGAAGACCAGAGUCCUCACCAGCAGCAUAGUAUCGAAAUUAGUCGAAAUGUGUCUGGAGGGCCAAGCCUAGGUGGGAUUAAGGUCUGUGGUGAAGCACCAUGUGGGUUCAAGGAUGCUGAAGCCAGCUUGAAGGAUGCCAAAGAACGAUCUGCAUCUAUGCGGAAGCUUUGCAUGGCUGUUGCACUCUGUGUUGUUUUCAUGAGUGUAGAAGUAGGUGGAGGAAUAAAAGCCAAUAGUCUUGCCAUCUUAACUGAUGCAGCACAUCUGCUUUCUGAUGUUGCAGCCUUUGCCAUCUCUUUGUUCUCAUUAUGGGCAUCUGGGUGGGAAGCAAAUCCGCGUCAGUCUUAUGGUUUCUUUCGGAUUGAGAUCCUUGGUGCUCUGGUUUCCAUCCAGUUGAUAUGGCUCCUCGCUGGGAUACUGGUUUAUGAAGCCAUUGCUAGAUUAAUUAAUGAUACGGGUGAGGUAAAAGGCUUUCUGAUGUUUGUUGUUGCUGCUUUUGGUUUGUUGGUUAACAUCAUCAUGGCUUGCUUAUUGGGACAUGAUCAUGGCCACAGCCACGGCCACAGCCAUGGUCAUGAUCAUGGGCAUAGUGGACAUGAUCAUGACCACAGUCAUGGCCAUGGACAUGGCCAUGGCCUCAACAACCAACACCAUGGGAUAAGCAUUGUGACACAUCAUGGAGGCCAGAUCAAACAUCACGAUGAGCAUGAACAUGAUCAUGUUCAUGAAGCCAGCCUUUCUGAACCUCUGCUUCAGAAAUCUCCAGACGAUGCACAAAGAGCAAAGGCCAGUGAUAAACAGAAGAAGAAGCAAAGAAACAUCAAUCUGCAGGGGGCUUAUCUUCAUGUACUCGGGGACUCCAUCCAGAGUAUCGGAGUGAUGGUUGGAGGAGCAAUCAUAUGGUAUAACCCCAAGUGGAAGAUCAUCGAUCUGAUAUGCACCCUUAUCUUCUCAGUGGUAGUGCUUUGCACAACAAUAAAGAUGCUGCGAAACAUACUGGAGGUUCUGAUGGAGAGCACGCCAAGAGAGAUCGAUGCAACCAUGCUCGAAAGGGGCCUAUGUGAGAUGGAUGAAGUUGUGGCUGUUCAUGAACUGCACAUUUGGGCAAUAACAGUAGGAAAGGUCCUGUUGGCUUGCCAUGUGAAGAUCAAGAGGGAUGCAGAUGCAGACAUGGUGCUUGAGAAGGUCAUAGAUUAUAUCAGGAGAGAAUACAACAUCAGCCAUGUUACCAUACAGAUAGAGCGCUAGGUGUGUUCUCUGUGGACUGUUGACUGUUGACAAGAGAAGUAUUUGGUUUUCUUCUUCUAGUUAGGAACCUAAAAUUGGUUCUUUUUACUGUAGAGUAAUCAUAUCAGUUAGAAUUUAGUCUAAUAGAGUGGCUGUGUGUACGAUACCUUAUUAGCAUUUGGCAAAUCAAAUUGAGCCGUAUAAAUUGAAAUCUGGAUACUUUUAUAUUA